AGAAAGACCUAUAAUUCUGUUUCGGCGAGUAUUACCCCCACAGACAUCGAGGGCUUCAUUAAAACCAAUAAUAAUACUCCGAAUAAACAAAAUGUUGUUACAAAUCAAAAAGAAUCUCCUCCGAAGCGAACUAAGAAUAACACAAAAAGUGAUAAAUCAUUGAAUAAUAAAUUAACGAAUAAGUCUGCAAAAACCAAUUCGCGCUCAAACAGCAAAAAGAAAGUAAACGGUUCGGCAUUGGGUUCGACGCUCUCACCGAACAGUCUGUCCUCCAAUUCGCCGGCAAUUCAUUCGACGAAAUUAGUUACCGAAAAGUCGUCGCGAAAAAAGGGUCAAAAUUCAAAGCUUAACUCAAAAAGCGUGACAAACGACGCGUCGUCUCUCACGCCGACCAAUAUGUUCACCGAAACGGCGGAAUCGUUCGCCAGAGAACAGGCCAUUAGAGGAACAAAAAGACGAUCGAAUAGGAGUUCUUCGCGACCAAACAAACGACAAAACACUAAUUCAUCGCUUCAUGUAAUUGAUUCUCAAAUC